ACCCUUCCAUCUCUCUCUAUCUAAUUCUCAUUCAUUCAUCCUCUGUCAAUUGAAUAAAAUCAGAAGCUAGAGAUAAAGUAUAGAGAUUUAUCUCAGUAAAUUUAUUACUUUCUGUAGUGUGUAAUUUCGUGAAACAAGUGUUGAAGUUAAUUGUUGAUAGUAAUUUAGGUACUUCAUUUCUUCGUCUUAUAGACAGUGUCUCUACACUGUCUAUACUUCGUCGUAAUAAAAGAACAUCGAAUCCACAAACGAAAUGAAUUCCGAAAAAGAAACUGAAACCGAUGAAACCGGCAGCAGUAGUACCGUAUCAUUUCAAGUCAACGAAGCUUCAAUACUUCGCAAAGAUUUCGAUAUUUUGGAUAACAUAGGUAAAGGAGCUUACGCUGCUGCUGUCUACAAAGUGCGAAACAAGUUGGAUGCCAAAUUCUAUGCCAUUAAAGUCAUUCCCUGCGAGAAAUUAAACGAAGGAAUUCCGAAAGAAAUAGAAUUUUUAACUGAAUUGAAUCAUCCCAAUGUAGUACGUUAUUGUACUUCAUGGACCGAUGGCGCUAAGAAAAAGGAAUACUCCGAUAAAGACAGUGAUGCAAGUAGCGACGAUUUUGUCACAUUUGUACGAGAAUCUAAUGAAAAAUCCGAUGCAAAUGGUAAAGAUAUCAGUCCAACUUCGACGGACUCGAAUAAUCAUCGUAUCUGUAUGUUCAUUCAAAUGGAGUUUUGCGAGACUACUUUGGCAAACGCGAUUAAGGGCACUUUUGAUAGACCUUUACAGCUUCAUAAGAAUCCGGACAGAAUUUUACGGCUGAUAACGCACAUCGUCAAAGGAUUAGCUCAUAUACACGAUAAAGGUAUAAUUCAUCGUGAUCUGAAACCGGAAAAUAUUUUGAUUGAUCAUAACGACGUCGCGAAAAUAGGAGAUUUUGGUUUAGCAACGUGGAAUCACGCAUUGACUGAUGGAAAAGCAUCCCACACUGGAAAGGUUGGCACUCCAUUGUACGAUGCUCCUGAAUUAGGUGUAUUAUGUUCUGGUUCAAAUAGUUCAAAAGCACAUUAUAAUGAGAAAGUUGACAUGUACAGCCUUGGAAUAAUCAUCUAUGAAAUGUGUUGCCCUAGUUUUGAAACUGCCAUGGAACGUAAAGAAGUUUUAAGCGAUUUAAGAAACAAUCCUCUACAUAUUCCACAAUUUGAGCUACCGAAAGGACUGUCGAAAUUGAUUUUCAAGUUAUUACAUCACGACACCAAGAGACGGCCGAGCGCCGCUGAAAUAUUGAAAAAUGGAUGCUUAGUUUUCGAUGAAAUUAAUAUUAUGAAUCCGAGUAAAUUUUCUAUUGAGAAAAUACUGCCAAGUCCAGUGGCUAGUAAAAUCAAUUUGCUGGAGGCAAUGAAGGGUAAAGCUAGGAAAAUUUUCGAGCUUCAUGGAGGGUACUCAUCUCCUUAUGCAAUGCUGCCAUCUACAUACUACGAGUAUCUAAUUGAGAAUAGUGCGAUACAUCCGAAAACAUAUUCUUUCAACGAGAUUCCCAGCAGGACUUCAAAUAUGAUAGAUCGUCAAAAUUAUGCGAAAUUUGAUAUGGUCUUUCCUGACUCCACUCCAGCAAACUUCGCCAUGCUAGUGGAGGCAUUGGAGAUAGCCUAUGAAUUCUUGGAUUCGUUUUCAGGCUUGGUGAACACAUCGCAUUUCGUGAUCCGCCUAUUUGACUGUGAGAUUAUAUCUGCUGAUGCGACUAUCCAGAAAGCUUAUAAAAACUUGAAGCGUUUAAUAAAUAUCUUGAAAUCAAGGCAGAUGAAAUGUCAACUUCUUGUGCCUUCGAAGUUCGAAGAAAACAUCGAUUUUCCAGCAUUAGUGUUCCAAAUAGUCUAUGGAAACGAAGUGCUUGCAUCUGGUGAUUGGUAUCGUUUACCUGCAGACCUCGCGCCUAAUACUGAAAACCAUUCUAUUAAACAAUCAAUCAUCGAAGUUACCAUCAUCUUUACUCAUUUCAUCGAUAUCUUAGAACCGAAGAAUAUAUUCUUAUCAAAAUCUGAAGUUUUUAUUGUCACCGUAUACUGCAAUAAGUUGAUAGAAGAGAAGUUAGAGUUGGCAAAGAAGCUAAGAGAUGUUGGAAUACGUUGCACUCCUUCUUGCGUCAAUUAUAGAAAUGUACGAGCAAUUAAAAAAUACGUCGAGAAGACGAAGAUGCAUUAUACUGUGAUAUUAGAUAAAAACAAACUCGAAAGAGACCACCAAGUUACAUUAUAUUCCAGGAUUAGUGGAAACAGUUAUCAGGAGGAAGAUAUCGCUAUGGAGAAUAUCGUAACUCAUUUGAGAAAGAGCAUCGAACAGUCAAAUAUGGCGCAAUUCUUAUCUUUUUAAUUUUUGCGGUUUUUGGAAUAUCGACGAAAUGAAAAUGAAUACGUGUUUCCGGUGUAUCUGCGAGUUUACAUAGUCAAAUCAAUUUUUUAAAUUAAAUUUGUAUUUUUAUACGUCAAACGUUUGUUUUAUAUUACGAAAUAAAUUUUAUUUUAAAAAUGA